CUCAAGUGUGCCAACCCUAGUGUGCCAGCCUUGAUUGUAAAACCUUUCAUGUACCAUCCACUGUUACAUCCGUUUUCGUACCAUACCUUUUUAACACUCCUUUUCGACUACAUCCUCUUCCCUUCAGGGCACCACGACUUCGUCGGCUAAUCCAACGUGGAACUAUUGGCUACGCGAACAAAUAGCUCAAACACGUGUACUGCUACGAGUCGCCGCUGCACGAGAGCUCCUUGACCACGACAUCCACCAGCAGUUCUACACAGCGCGCCAGCUCCUCGCCGCGCACCACAGCGCCCAGCAGCCACCUCGGCAUCCACCUCGGCAUCCACCUCAAACUCCAACAAUGCGAGCGGAUCGGGAUCGUUGCAACCACCGUGGAGAUCAGCAUCGAACCGCCCGCGAUCCAGAGCUACAGCAGCUACAAGCCCGCUGCGUCAACCAUCGGUGCAGAACUCGAACGCUGGAAGAACAGCAGCUGGAUGGACCAGUGGGCCGUCGACCACCUGGACAAGUCCUGGAACCGGAACCUCAACGGGAAGGGCAAUUACCAGGACGGCAAGGGGAGGGAUGACCACCAGGAUCUCGUCAUCAACAACCAGAAAACAAGGGCAAUAACAAUAAGGGAAAAGGCAAGACCCAAUCCGAAAAGAUCUGGGAUCGUGGCGCCCGCGCGCAUGUUUGCGUCAUUAGCUCCUCAAGCCUGUCCUCCGCGCCCCGUUGGGCGGGCGGCCCCACGGACAUAGUAAUGCGGAGGCGGCCUUCGCAGCCCGCUCCGCGUGCCUUUCGGCGCCGCCCGCGCGCGCCGCCGCGCCGGUGGGGGGUCUCGGCGUGGCGCCGCGCGCUGGCGGCCUGUGCGGCGUGUGGGCGGCCCGCGGCGGGGUCCCAGCCAGCAGCUGCAGCCCGCGAGCAGCUGCGGGGGCCUCCACUUUGCAACGUUUAACAUCCAGAACUUCGGGGUCACGAAGGCCUCCAGGCCGGCGGUGCUGGGGGCCUUGGCGCGGACGGUAUCCCGGUACGGCGCGGUGGCGAUCCAGGAGCUGUCGCAGAUGCCAUCUGGAAGCGGCGUGUGCGGCAGCAACACGAUGUCUGCUAUCUGUGACUUGGCUGCCGCGGCCAGCCAGGCCAGUUCCAAGACGUUCGCUGUGGCGGUUUCCCCGCGCAUCGGUGACGAGCAAUAUGCGCUUCUUUAUGACGAGUCUGUGGUAUCCGUGCUGGGUGGCGGCACCUACCCCGACAGCCAGGGGAUCCAUGCUAGGCCCCCAUACGUGUUCAGCGCAGCAGUGGGGGCCAUCUCCAUGGCCGUCGGUGUCACUCACACGAGGCCCACGGAUGCCGAAGAGGAGAUCGACGACUUCCCCAACGUGCUCAGCUGGAUGGAGAGCACUUUUGAUACCGACUACCACAUGCUCGCCGGAGACUACAACUCGGACGGGAGCUACUUCGACGAGGGCGUCUGGCCGACAGUGCUCUCCCGCUGCCCGGGCUUUACCCUCCUGACCGGGAACGAGCUGGACUCGACAGUUGCGAGCUCCAGCAACUCGUACGACCCAUCAUCGCCUCCUCCGAUCUGGCCGCCAGCCCUCCAGCUGUGUUCGUCAUCGAGGACCACGUGGACCUCUCGGGUGUCCUCUCGGAGGGCUGCGAGGACGGCUACGUGCCGAGCAGCGUCUGCAGCGCUUCCACCGUCGACUGGGCGGAGGUCACCAAGGAGCUGAGCGACCACUACCCCGUGGAGACGUGCCUGCUGGAAGGUUUCGUGGGCGCCGCAGUUCACCAAGGGUCGCGCGGAAUGCCGUCCUGGCUCACUCUGCUCUUGCUCGUGCUCGUGCUCCUGGCCCGCUGACUCGGCACCGGCCGCCUUGGGCCCUGACGAGGCGGGGAACACUCUGACAGAUCUUCGACUUUGUGAUCCUUACAGGCGUGUGUCAGAGCGUCCGCACAUGCUUC